UGAUUUAUUAUUAUUUUUUAUUUGCCCUUCUUAAUUACUAUGUAAACAUCUGUGCAGGCUGGACUGCAAAUUGCACUUUAUCACUUUAUUUCUCACACAUCAGCGCACUGCUUUUUCCCCCUCCCAAAAGACCCGUAAAGCCCUUGCAGCAGCCAACAGCGUACAAGUAAUCUGCACGCGCUUAGCUGUCUCAAGUCUCUUCGCCCUCCAACCCUGUCAUGUUAUUAUAUGCGGCGUCAAUCAGGGUCGUUUAGGCGUCUCGAACGAGAAGGUCCGAACCUCGACAGGAAGUUCGCGACGCCGAUUGGCUUUUUUCGGCAGCCCCUUUGAGCAACGACAUUACAAGCCAGACUAAUUCGGCUCCUCUCUCUUUACUCCUCUUGUUUAUUGUGGACCGAGGACCGUGGACCAUGUCGCAUCUUUCGCUUCAGUGUAGCGAAAGCCCAUCAUCAGAUUCUCAUCUUUUGGAGGAUAGUCCAACAAUAGGCAGAGCCAUUGUGAAUUAUCCCUCUAACGACGCCAAUCUACCGCCGUCGCCGUUGUCUAUACCCUUUCCCAGCGCAAGACAGCGGAAAACUCUAGCUCCUAGCCCUUUACAAACAAGUACGGCUCUGUCUCCGCCUUCCAGCGCAAGCCUGUCCCGAUCAAAAUUCCCCGAGCCUAUCCACGAGUCACUCCCAGGCGCUUCGGUCGACCAGAUCCUAUCGCGAGAAACACUGCGACAGUCUUCAAGACAGAGCAAUCGUGCGGCCAACAAUUCUUCAGUUCCACCCUUUCCUUCCAGCCAUAGGGCCUCGCCCUCUUCCUAUCCUUCGGAUGAUACUCCGGGUGUUUCCGACGCAGCCGCACCCACAAAGCCGCCCGUAGGCUCUGCCCUUACGAGUCUGCCCAAUAUGGCUGGCAGUUCCUCAUCCUCUAAGCCCGAGGCUGCAGAUCCUCCAAGGACGUCGUCUAUCGAUUCUGCUAUAUCCGCUAUUUCUUCGAAAGCUCAUUCACACCAGGGUUCGCAGGAUAGCCAGUCUGGCACUGCGAAUAUAUCUAGUUUGGUCAGGGCGGCAGGAAGUCCCGAGGCCGUCAUACAGUAUUUGUUGAAGGAGAAGCAGUCACAAUCGCAACAGAAUUCACAGCUAUGGAGGCUUGUGGACAAACAGAGAGCAAUGAUCCUAGGCCUCAACAAGGAUCUCGAGCGCGCUCUGAAAGAUAAGGAAAAAUACAGAAAAAAGCUGAAGGAUGUAAUGGCUGCCCAUGAUGAACACCUAAAGGUUGAUUCUGUGCACUCGAGUCUACCUAGCGUUCCUCAGCUCAACGUAAACGUGCCGAGGGAAGAGGAAAUCGAUAUGCCUGGAUCACCUUCAAACCUCGAUUCGGAUAGUGUCAAACACUCACCUAUCGACGUCUCUAUAGCACCCUACCCGAUAACGCCUCCGGCUGACCAAGUCCCCCAGGGGAUGCCUUCAGUAGUCGGCGAACUCUUAGACCCGUCGCACGCUAUGCCAAAGGCAUCCGAACAUGCGUUAGACCAUUUCGAUCUUGAAGAGGAGGACCGUGCUGCCGAAGAAGCCAAGAAAUCUUCAGAAGCAAUGAAGGACAUCCCGAUUAAUUUUUCGCUUCCCCCAUCCCGAAGCUUUCCCGGUGACCCGCCUCGAGUGCCUCCUCCCAAACGUCCAGCAGCCGAUCCUCCGGCGGUUUCGGUCAUUGAGGCAACACCACUUGUAGACCAGGGUAUUUCGCAAUUUCCGCCUCCGUCUGCUCCACCACCACGGAAACCUCCACCUGCCCCGUUGCAGUUGAAGAAAGAGUCGAAAGUGCCCGUUUCGAUCUCUCCCGAGGACAAUUCCGAUUCCGAUUCCGAUUAUGAUUCGUUAUUGGAAGUAGAUGAGCUACCUAUUAUUGAAAAACGCGGCCGGAGGAAGACAAGGGAGGAAGAUGAUAGAGAAAGAGAAAUUCUCGCACAGAAGGAGGCCGAGGCUCGAAGCCUGUCCAAAAAGAGCAAGAAGGAUAGUCAAAAAGGCACUCCUAUUGCUCAGGACUCGGAGCCUUCUCAACAUGGUGUUCCUGCAAAUUCACGGAUAGUUGGUGCUCAGGACUCGCUGGCUCCCAGCAACAUGCCCCCAUCACUAGCCAGUCUCAUGAGCAACGACGACAUGAGCGAUAUUCGAGAGGUUGUGGUUCCCGCUUUCUUAAAAAGUCCUGGGCUUCCUGCAAGUCCAAGACCAAUGAUGCACUCCACCCCCGCGUCUCCUCGCGGCGUCGGCAUCGGGAUGGCAAUGCCUCUGUCCCCACGAGCUCCUAGACAACCAAUCCCGCUACCUAAUAAUACACAGCUAAACUCUAGCGCUUUGAGCCAAGCAUCCACAAAGCAAUCUAGCAGCUCUAGAUAUAUGCCCGACGGUUCACAGUCGAGCCCUCGUACGAAUCGCGAGAGCCCUAUCGAAAGGACUAAAAUUUACAGAGGAUUCGCCACCGAGGAAUAUCCCGAUUUGCUGUUACCGCCUAACGCCCUACCGUCUAUCGAGGUUAAGGUGGCGUCAUCUCGUAUGAAGCCUUCAAGAGCCAGCCUCAUGUCAUUGACGCAGUUGGAGGAAGAUCCCGUUUUUACUUUGGCCAUUCUCUUACGGGCGGAAGGUGUUGAGCUAUGGAGAGUUGAGAAAGACACUACGUCUCUCGCUAAGCUGGACCAAAAAAUGAAGCAAUGCGCAGCUUUCACGGCCAAGACUCCAGAUAGGUCUCUGUUCAGUGGUCAUUCGCCCGCUAAGCUCGAUGCUCGCCGUACCGUUUUAGAUCAUUAUCUCGAUGAGCUCUUAAACACACCUCUCGACACCCCAACAGCCUUAGAACUCUGCAAAUACUUAUCUACCAACACCCUUCGACCUAACGCAGACGAGCCUUCACCAACCCAUGAAUCGAACAACGAAGGUGCAAUCCAAAAGACGGGCCCAGGAGGCAGGCCGUUCAAAAAUGGCUAUUUGACAAAGAGGGGCAAAAAUUUUGGUGGAUGGAAAGCCCGAUUCUUCGUCCUCGAUGGGCCUCACCUGAAAUACUAUGAGACGCCAGGUGGUGCGCACCUCGGAACUAUUAAGCUUCAGAAUGCGCAAAUCGGCAAACAAUCUCAACAUACUAAUGAUGGUUCUCCAGCGAGCGGUCCGAACGGCGAGGAGUUAGACAACCAAUAUCGCCACGCGUUCCUCGUUCUCGAACCCAAAAAGAAAGAUUCCAGCAGCCAUGUGAAGCACGUUUUAUGUGCCGAAAGCGAUAUCGAACGUGAUCAAUGGGUGGAAGCUUUACUCCGCUGGAUCGACUAUCGAGAUGAUAACGACGAAGAUGCACAACCGGCUGCUACCCAUGGCCGAAAUCAAGCCGGGGGCAACAAUGCCCAUUCUAACAAUUCGAAUUUGAAUACAAAGAAAAAGGGACAUGACAAUGGAAAACAUCAUGGGCAACAUAGCGGUAACCAAGAAGGACUGAUCGGGAUGAGUUACGACUCAGCUAGGCAAGCCCCGAAAGAUCCACAGUUAAUCCCCGACGGUGCCUCAUGGGGUGGUAAGACAGGCCUGGCUCCGCCUGGCCCCACGAACGAGGAAAAGAAGCAGAGGAAGCGUAGUUUCUUCGGAUUUGGUCCUCGAACUCGAUCUUCCACCGAUGACCAAGACCCAUCUUACAAUUCCAAUGCCGGCAAUGCCCCACAAAACCAAACCGAGCAGCGUGGACAGAUGCGACAGGCAUUUGGUGCCCACCUCGCCGACGCCGUGAGAUUCGGUAGACCUUUCGACACCAACGUCCCUCUUCCAGCAGUCGUAUACCGUUGCAUACAGUACCUCGAUGCCAAAAACGCGAUCCGAGAAGAAGGCAUCUUCCGGCUUAGUGGUUCUAACGUGGUGAUUAAACAACUACGCGAGCGCUUCAAUACUGAAGGCGAUGUUAAUCUGCUCACCGACGAGACGUAUUACGAUAUCCACGCUGUGGCUUCCUUGUUGAAGCUCUACCUUCGCGAACUCCCCACAACUAUCCUCACCACAGAUCUUCAUAUGAAAUUUGUGGAGGUCACUGAGAUGUCUAAUCAGCAAGAGAAGAUUGCCUCAUUAGCACAGCUCGUGCAGCAACUUCCGCUAGCGAAUGAGACGCUGCUUAAGUACCUCAUUGCCUUCCUGAUUAAGAUUAUCAACCAUUCGGAUACGAAUAAGAUGACUGUACGUAACGUCGGGAUUGUUUUCUCACCGACAUUAAAUAUUCCGGCCCCGGUAUUUGCUUUGCUUCUACAGAAUUAUGAGGGUAUUUUCGGUAUAGAUCCAGAGGAGUACGAACUACCGUCUCCAGUUGAUACAGACUCGGGCACGACAGAGACCCAACCGGCUCGGCCAUCCACGGCAACAGACUCGCCCCAGAGACGCCUAGUCGAACUGACACAGCAACGGUCGACACCUACUCCUCCCCUUGGCGUAAUGGGGGCCAGCCUCCGCCCGACGGCAACGCCUCCACCUCGUCAGUCCUCCUAUGAACCGCAUUACCUAGCCCAACCGGCAUCACAAUCUUCCCUUCGCCCAGCCUAUGAGAACAACAACCUCGUCAUACCACCAAAUUACGAUCCAAACUCGAGGCAACCUGGCUAUGACCGAACGCACUAUACAUCUUACGAGUCUAACUACAACGAAAACUCGUUAUCUGCAUACGACCAGUCUUCUAAUAGGAGCAAAAGAAGAGAAAGCGUAAUGUUUAUGGGGAACAUGAUGCUUAAUCAGCAAGGUUCCAAGAGCCACUUGAGGGAGGAAACUCGGAUGUAAUUGCAUCUAGCGGCGAGACCUGAGGAUAUUUUGAUAACUAGCGAUUUUUUGAUGAUUCCGGAUAUAUAUCACGACCUAUUACUGUCACAUGGCUGGUACCGAUGCUUGCUAUUUCAAUUCCUUCAGAGACGAUUUUACGUUAUUUAACGUACUCGGCAAUCGGCGCAGACUAUCGAUUAGAUCUAGACCUCGUCACAUUUCAGUAUCUUGAAUCAAGCAAGUCCCAAGUGUCGUCCCAUUGGUACAGUCGCUACGGACAGGGGCCUUAGCAAACAUAAUACUCUAAUGAUAUUAUUUCAAGUAGUCUCGGGAUGUGAGGCUGGAGUAGGAGAGGGGUUCAUGGGGUAUGAACCCCUAAGGAGGUUGUCAUUCGGUUACUCCCAAAAUUUGGAACCGGGUUUGGCACGAAUGUGGCAUUUCAGCUGCAGCUGCGGGUGGCAUCUUGUCUUCCAGUGUUCUACCGGUGAAUUUCUUGAAUAGCGGAAUAGGGUAAAGAUAUUACGAUAUCGUGGCGUUGGAGGCUCUUAUGGGAAAUGAAUUCCCAACUUAUCUACCUACCUUGUUACCUAGCAUUAGCGAAUGAAGAAGAAAAAAUACCAAAUCUUGCUAGAACCCUUU